AUGGUGAAGUACAACCAACCCUUCGAGGAUGCCCCGGUGGUGGAAAUGUCCACGUUGACCUACAAGACGCCCGAGGGAUUGAAACUUUGGGGUGGAAGACUAAUAGAGAAAAAAAGCAAAGGACAGAUCCAGGGCUCCUCCGAGCAGAUGGUCAGCAGGAGAAAUGGCCUCAUGCGAGCCACAGCUGGAGGUGACGAGCUGCCUGAGCCUGGCACACAGGAUCUGGAUGUGGAUUCAGAAAGCAGUGAUGUCGAUGCAACUUUACACCUGGGGGACUCGGCUGCCGGGGCCUCGACGCCCGCAGUGCCCCGGAGCCCUUUGAAAGACGAGCUAAGGAGGAAAUACUUGACCCAGGUGGACGUCCUGCUGCGGGAUGAAGGCUGUGCGGAGUACGAUUAUGGAGAUGGAAGCGGCACGCAUGUGACCCUGGUCCCUUCACUGGCCCCACCUCCCAGGCCUGCUCAUGGAUCCUGUGGCCGUGUCUCUGAAGACAGUCCUUUUGACCCAUCUGCGUCCUCACAUCCUUGCUCCGCAGACAUGGCCAUAGUGCCCAGAAAUGACAAUGUCUCAUUGCGAGAGACCAGUGGUUUCAGCUUCUCAAGCAGCCAGUCCUUUGUGGCUGACGACAUCUGCAACGUGACCAUCAGCGACCUGUACGCAGGCAUGCUGCACUCGAUGAGCCGGCUGCUGAGCGCAAAGCCCUCGUGCGUCAUUUCCACCAAAACUUUCAUCGUCCGAAACUGGAGCUCCCGGAGGAGACAUGGGUGCAAGAGCAGAAUGAACAGGACGUACUGCCGAAGUGGCCGGCAUGCGCAGAGGGGCUCCCAGCGGGGACUUGUGCCCCGUGCCGAGCCUGCGAAAGAGGCGGGGGUUUUAAGAGAGCGCCAGAACUUUGGAGAUCUUUCCAGCCAGAAGGCUGGAUUAAAAGUGGAAAAGGCUUUCCCUGAAGCAAACAAACGCCAAAUCUGGAAGGAGCCUAAAGGAACACCCCAGAAGUUGUCUUCGUUGAUUUACAUGAGCUCCAGCACAACACGUCAUCUUGAUUGGGAAAAUAGACUAAUGACAUUGAAGUGGUUGAUUUCUCCUGUAAAAAUAGUCCCCAGACCGAGAACACUGCAGGGUGAGGGAGGGAAUCAUUACAGGGAGUUCGAAAGCAAGUUUGAUAAACUUCAUCAAGGAUACUGCCCAAGCUCCAGGAAGCAGCUAUGCCUGACCUACCUCCCCAGCUCCUCCUCCGGGGUCCACACGCUCAGGGGUGGUCCAGUGAGCCCGGGUGGCGCCUGGCGCUUAGAAACCCACUGUCCAAGUCAACCUUUCAGCAGAGCGAAAGCUAAGAGUCUAAAUGUGGCUUUUGAAAGCCUGGGCAAAGGAGCUAUUGAAGCAGGAAGACGCCUGCCAAGAAGUGACUCCUCUCCAUCACUGUCUGAGAUCAACCCCGCGCGGAGCCCAGGCCACUCAGCGCCCACAGCUGAGCUUUUUCGAGGAAAUCAUCUGGGAAUAUUGAAGUCAGGGUCGCUCUGCAAUACUGUUUCGGUGCCUGGGGUACAACCUCUGUGCUCUGCAAGAGAUCGUUACGAGGGAAUUAAGGAGAGAUUUGACCAGCUGCAUCGGAAGUAUUGCCAAAAAUCGCCUCAGCGGGCAAAGGCUCCUCUUUGCCCUGGAGCAUCUCCAGGUAAAGAGGGUGUGAAAGUUCAGAGUCAGAAAGAAGGCUCGUUAGGAAGAUUAAGCCCAGUCUCUGGCUUCCUGGGCCCCCGAAAGCUGUCGUCACCGCAGUGGAGCGUCAGAAGUUCCCUGGGCUCGACCACAAUUGAGGUCCAUCCGUCUCCAUGGUUUGAGCUGGCCACCAGGUGCAGCGCUCAGCCCCGGGUGAAAAGACCCCGGUUAUCAGACCCCCAGGUGUGCGGAAGGUGGGCCGAGUCCCAGGAUCCCCCUCGCGUGGUGGGCAGGGCCGUCCCGAGUCCACGGGAGGAGGCCGGCUCUUUACAGCCUGAUUGGAAAAAGAAGGGACAUUGUUUGCUUUGAAACCUAAGUUGAAGCCCUGGACAGUGAUCCCUGAAGGAGAAAUACAGCUGAUCCGUCUUUCAAAUUCCGACCCAUGGGACCUUCCACAUCAGGAGGCAGCAAACGGAAACGUGAUUCAUCCAUAAAGAGUAAUCUGUGUUUUUAGAGGAAAGCGUGCUGCAUUUAAACAUUCCUGUGAGAUCCCCGCAGCAUCCAUGACAUCUCAGGACUCUUACCUGAGCUGUUUAUAAUAGAAUGUUUUCUUUAAUAAAAUGUUUCAAAUAUUUAGAACACAGGAACCAAACCCCAUGUUGAGAAAUUGUUAUAUCACCAUGUGUUACGGAUUUUCUUUUAUUUUAAAUAAAAGAUUACAGAUGAGA